AUAGCAGAACUAACUAAAAAAGGCAUAGAUAAAACAAAGCUAAUGGAUAAAAAGUUUAAAAAAGAUCAAGAAGUACUCUUGGAGAAUAUACUCAAAGAUAGCAAGAAAGCCUAUAAAAAAGAAGCUCAAAAAGAAAUCCAAGAGUAA